UUUGGGGCCAGGGGGAUGCAGUUGACGCUGAUUCAGGUUGUCAGUUUCUGCGUCUUUUACAGCCAGGCCUGUCUCUCUACUUUACAGCAACUGUGUGCCAGAAAUAUGGCUACAGACUGGCUUGGAAGCAUUGUGUCAAUUAACUGUGGAGAAAGCUUGGGAGUCUACCAAGGACGAGUGUCUGCUGUGGAUCAGGUCAGCCAGACCAUUUCCCUGACACGGCCAUUCCAUAAUGGGGUCAAGUGCCUCGUGCCAGAAGUCACCUUCAGGGCAGGUGACAUUACUGAGCUAAAAAUUCUGGAGAUCCCAGGGCCAGGGGACAAUAGACAAUGUGGGGAUCUGCAGCAGACGGAAAUGGGCAUCCCUGGUGUUGGAUGCCAAGUGGGUCCCAGUCAGAAUGGCACUGGAAAAGUGUUAAAGAAGCCCAUCUCCAGCAGUGCCCCGCAGAAUAUUCCAAGGAGAACAGACAUGAAGAAUCAAGAUGUUAUCAUCUCUCCACAGCAGCAGUGCUCCAAGAGCUACAUGGAUCGACAUGUGGAAACAUUGACUCAAUCCAAAGGCUUCCGUCGUCGCCACAAUUCCUGGUCGUCCAGUAGCCGUCAUCCAAACCAGGUGACUCCAAAGAAGAGUGGCCUGAAAAACGGGCAGAUGAAGAGCAAAGAUGAUGAGUGCUUUGGAGAUGACAUUGAUGAAAUCCCAGACACAGAUUUUGAUUUUGAAGGGAACCUGGCCCUUUUUGACAAGGCAGCUGUGUUUGAAGAGAUCGAAACUUAUGAGAGGAGGAGUGGCACUCGUUCCCGUGGUACCCCAAAUGAAAAACCAGCUCGUUAUCGGCAUGAUGAGAACAUCUUGGAAUCAGAGCCUAUAGACUACAGGAGGAUUGUUGUACCCCACAACGCUAACAAGGAAUUCUGCACCGACUCUGGGCUGGUCGUUCCAAGCGUGUCGUAUGAACUUCAUAAAAAGCUGCUUUCGGUUGCCGAGAAGCACGGGCUGACGCUGGAGCGGAGGCUGGAGAUGACGGGAGUGUGCGCUAGUCAGAUGGCACUGAGUCUCCUCGGGGGACCCAACAGGCUGAACCCGAAGAACGUGCAUCAGCGGCCCACUGUGGCCCUGCUCUGCGGCCCCCACGUGAAGGGGGCCCAGGGAAUCAGCUGCGGACGGCACCUCUCCAAUCACGACGUCCACGUCAUUCUUUUCCUGCCCAACUUUGUCAAGAUGCUGGAAUCCAUCACCAACGAGCUGAAUCUCUUCAGCAAGACCCAAGGGCAGCAGGUGUCCAGUGUCAAAGAUCUCCCAGAUACCCCUGUUGAUCUAGUGAUCAACUGCCUGGAUUGUCAUGAAAAUGCCUUUUUGAGAGAUCAGCCUUGGUACAAAGCAACUGUGGACUGGGCAAACCAGAACCGGGCACCCGUCCUCAGCAUAGACCCUCCAAUAAACGAAAUGGAGCAGGGCAUUGAUGCCAAGUGGUCGCUGGCCUUGGGCCUGCCUCUGCCCCUGGGCGAGAGGGCAGGGCGUGUGUACCUCUGUGACAUUGGCAUUCCCCAGAAGGUCUUUCAGGAAGUGGGAAUAAACUACCACUCGCCCUUCGGCUGCAAAUUUGUCAUCCCCCUGCACUCCACUUAGAGCCCAUCCAGCCAUACGGCUCUGAAGGGAGAGAAGAGAAGGAGGAAUUCUGUUGAAUAAGCUGUCCAGUGGAUCCUGACUAGUAAACUCGUGACGCCUUAAGGAUGUGAAAUUCUGGAGAGUUUCCUUCAAGAAGAAACAUUGUGUAUUUAAAAAAAAAAAAUCAUAAAACAAAACAAAAAAAGAAGGAAGCGAAUGUUCCUGCAAAGCUGUCUUCAUUCUCUUGUGCCAUUGUAUGAAGGAACAUGCAGGAAGAGGGUAUCUGUCCCCGGUGAAGGCAGCUCUUGAUGCCCUGACCCAGCCUGGGGGCUGUUUAAUGAGGGUGUGUGUGGGGAGGUUCUGGUACAAGUGACGGAUGGUUUGGAGACUUGAUACAUGUUUUUCAGUCCCGGGCAGACAGACCCAGCAAGGGUGCCCUUGUGGGAACAGCACCCCUUGAUUGAGUAGAAAUGCCUUUUGUUGCAGUCUUACUGCGAGGGAGGGUUUGGUUUUGUUCUCUUGUUCUUUUUGAUUCCCUCUCCCCUGUUUUAUGUUCAUGAAGGCAACUGUAGCUCACUCUCCUUCUUGGACCUUCCAUCCCCUCAAGGAGAAAGCUCCCUUUUUAGAAAGCUUGUGUCAAGAGCCAGAAGUUCUCAAGUAGCACAUGCUCUGGGAACAUCGGUGUCCUAAGUUAGGUCUUGCUUGCUUGUCCUCUGGCUCUGUUUUGUUUUGUUUGCUUAAUGAAUGACCCCCAGGUCUGGGGGAGCAAGGUGUGUUUUGGAAAGGAGCUCUUCCAACCAGAGUAGGUUUGGCUUUAUUUUUUUUUACUUUUUCCCCCCUUCUUCUUUCUGGCACAGUGAUUAAAUGAAUGAGGGAAAGCAUGAUGGAGCCAGGGUAGUGUUACUCCGACUGUUUGUUACUUGGUGUAUGGUGCAGAUGGUGUUUGGGUGAGUUUCUGGGAGCACUAGGGCACUGCAGUAUUCCUCCCACGCUCAAAUGUGGCUUGGGAAGCAGGUUCCAAGAUCCAUUGGGAAGCAGGUCCCAAUAGAUCCAUUCAUUCCCUUUGGGCACAAAGCCUGUGUGAAGGGAGGGCAUGUGUGCAUGUGUCUGUGUGUAGCCAUGUGCUGAGAACCGGGUUUAAGGAGGCCUUAGGCCCUCAGCUCCCACUGAUAUUAAUGGUAGCUGGGUACCUAUCACACUUCUGAAAAGAAACAAAAUCUUCUGGCCUUUAAUAUUGAAGUGAACUUGAAGCAGGAGCCUAGGACAUCUGCCCACCUAGUAGUGUAGGCAGUGAAAGGUUGUCCAGAUACUGUUCAUGUUUUAGUAUUCAUUUUCAUGUGUGAAUGAACACAGUUUUAUAUCCCUCCAUGUCCACUUGGAGGACUAGGAUGAGGGUCCAUGCUGGCCUUGUGCCCGCGUAAUGAGGCAGGGCUGCUUAGGCUGACUACAGCGGUGUUGCAGUGUUGUCCUCACAUGCCCUUGUCCACUGAAAUCUGGUCCCUUCUGCUCCAGGGGUUGCUAUUUGCAGUGAUCACUGUCAUAUUUUGCCAUCAGAAGAUGUUGCUGGGAGAGUUGCCCUCCCCCCUUUCUGGAGGGGUACGGCAGGAGAUUCUCGUCUGAAAUACUGCAGGAGACCAGCCCCGUGUUGCUUUGCUAACCGGCCUUGUGCUGCACUGGCUUCCCCUAUGUUACUAGAAAGUGUUUGGGGUAUCUUUUUCUGCAUUCAUUGCGCUGCCCAGGUGGAGUCCUACUCUGGUGCCUAGAGUAGAGACAAGCUAACAAACCGUGAGCUGACUUUGGAAAUCGAUUGUGCUAGAUUUGCUCUUGCUCUCUGAAGGUGCUGAAUUAGGCUGCAUGCGCUGUAGCUGAUGCAGGAGAAAUGCUGAACCUGGAGUGACAUAGGAGGCUCUGUGAGCAUGAGCGGUUCCCCUCAAAUGAGGCAGAUGCAAGGCCAAGGGCCCUGCUCUAGCAGCCAGGUCAGCUUGGCUCCCUUCCUGCUUGCUGCUGAUGCUGUUAGCAUAGGCAGUGCUUGAAGUGCUGCCUUUUCUUUUUUUGCCCCCUGGUACCUUACCUGCCCCCAAAGCUUUUGCUGGUACCUAGAUGUAAUGUAGACCCUGUUCUGGGCAGCUGUGGAGAAUUUCAGAGCUUCACAUGGUGCCUUUCCUCUGGGGGGACUGGAUUCCUUUAAAGGCUGAAGUUGUAGGGGCAGCUGGUGUGUGUGGAAAUAGUGGACCUACUGUUUAGCUGUUGCGUAACUGUAUGUGUGAGGGCAAUAAGCAGGUAGGGGGGAGUCCUUCACGAAACUGUGGAGCCAUUUGUGCUAUGAGUGGUGAUUCUGAAGUUGUCUCGACCCUUCAUCUGCUUAGAACAAAGGCCACGUGUAUCAAAGGAGGAGGAGGGAAGAGACCUCCCUGCUUGAAAAGAAGCAAUUAAUUCAUUUACCUGAAAACCAUGAGUUAUGGGGGAGGAUCCACUCCAUGUUACUCUCUAGUACCACUGAACUGUCUCUUCUGAGAACAUGGCAACCAGCUGCUUUGUACUACAGACAUGAGACUCGUGAGCACUGGGCUAAUCCCUGCAGUGUGCAGGUGUGUAAGGUCUCAGCUGCAGCACCUCCCCUGCCAAACUGCAUCGAACUCGCCAUAUCUACCUCAGCAGGAUGAAGGGCUCUGCCCCUCUUGGUUUCUGUGGGCUUCUUACCCAGCUGAGGGUUAGACUACUGAACCAUGUCCACUGGCUUACGCUGAAUGGCCUUAGUGCUCACACUGAGCCUCUCGAUGACUUUUGUGAAUUGUCAGUACUCUGACUGGGUGUAGCUCUGCCCUCGAGUUGGUGGUCCUCUUCCAUGGGAAGGACAGAGCAAGGUCUCAAGCACCUAUUCCUCAGGUGAACCAUGUUUCAGCUUGAACUGUAGAGACAUUGAACAAGCUGUGGUUCUGACUCAACCCCUGUUGGUAUGGGACAGCAAUGGGGUUGGUUAUUUAAAAUACAAAUGCAAGGCUUCUCUCUGCCUUUUAAACUGGGCAGAGGAGCAGCAGCUGGGUUAACCAAGGUGGAAGAGCAUCCACUGGUCAUUUUUUGUAGCAAUGUUAGUUUUAGUCCUCCUAUUUUCACUUUCCUUGCUCAAGCCACUUGAUAAGAGAACCUGCUGUUUAAACGUUCUGCUUUCCUUGAACCAGGCUGCAAGCGUUUCUUGGCUCUUCUGGAUUUGGCUGUUAGACUGUAGAUUGUACACUUAGAGCAGUUAAAGUGUAAAGCAUUCAAGGCUUAAUCACAAGGUCCUUUUCAGCUUCCAGGCUGCUGUGCCACUGGCUGGUUACAUGCCCAGAAUGGCACCAAAACAAGUGAAGACCCUGUUGUGGGGAUGGCAGCUGGGAUCACAUCUGUACUCACUGCUGCAUAGCUUCAGGAAGCACUAAGACUCCAUGUACUGCCAGCCAUGCAGCAAUAUGGUUCCAGAAGUUUAAGCAAAAAUCCAGAGGGCAGUUUUACACAACAGGCGGUGUGUGUGUAAGCUUCUCUCGUAAGGGAAAUGUUUCCUAAUUUACCUGUGCAGAGUGCUUGUGGUACAGCAGGGAGCUUUGGGUUGUGUUCUGCACAGUUAAGGCUGGCAUUUCCUAGGAUGAGAGUAGAUUUGGGCACCUGACUACUUUUCCUCUGAGACAAAAGCUUACUUGAGGAAGGACACACAGGCCUGACCCCCAGGCAAUGCACCUCAUGUGCAGGUGUGAGUGCUUCUGGUGGAGCACUGUGCAAGACAGAGAGGGGUCUGGCCCCUGUCUUCUCCCCCUCUCUCCCUAUUGCCAGAGUUAAUUCAAAGAAUGCAACACUUUUUUAUCCAUGUCUGAGAUAGUUUCUACCACAACCUUAACCACCAUCAUAGGAACUGCCCAUGAGUGCUGCUCUGGUCACUAACAUGUGAAGAUCACUGCACUAUGUAACUGCUUGAUAUUCCAUUUGUGACCUAAUGUUUGUAAUGACUAAUUCCUGCCGCUACUGGGGGAUGCCCUGAAAUAAAGUGCAACUAUUCAUGUGUGCUA